AUGUACCGACAGUCUGUGCAGGCGCAUCGGGCGAAGAAGCCGCCGCUGCCGAUUUCAGAGCUGGUAAAAGAAUGCGACAGAGAGCAGACGAAAAACACGAGGGUGUCGCGGCCCUUCAAGCAGCCUCGCGCUGCACUUCCAGCCUAUCCAGGUGAGGGAAUUCUCUCGUCUCGACAGGCGCCGCGGUCCCUCAGCUUUGGGGGUGACGGUGGGAAAAGCUCGCGGUUUGAUGGCCACACCUCUCUGGAAGAAUCUGCAGCGGACGAUGGGAGUUGCCGCGCUGAGAAACGCGAGGAAGAGAGGCCUCAGGACAGAAAGGGAGAAAAGAGACGAACUCCGCGAUCAGCCCGUUCGCGGUCUCUCUUCGGAGCCGACGAACCAAGUGAAGAAGAUGCGCCAGGCGAAGAUGAACUCCGUCAGCGCUGUCUGCCUCGUCGCUCUAACGAAGGCGAGAUGGUGACUCAAAGAUUCAAGGAGGGUGAGGGAGAGAACAAGAAGAGAAUGGGAGGGAAGAAGGGUGACAGGACGACCCACUCGCACUCUGGAAGGGGCAGAGAGGACAGAGAAGAUUACAGCGAAGAUGGCGACAGGAGUCCUCGUCUCCUCGGUCGUCAUUUCUCCACCUUCUCGUCCGAGCCGUGUACCGACACCCGUAAAGCCACUUCCACUGUCGGCACCGAUCCUUCCAGUUCCUCUUCUUCCCUCUCUUCUGCAGCUCCUUUCUCUUCUUCCUCUGGAUCUGGAACUGUGACGAGUUGCCUGGCGCCUUCAUGGCUGCUGUCGACGCUGGGAGUGUCUCCCAACCCCACCGCAGGUUCCUCUUGUUCCUCCUCGUCUGCCGCUUCUUUGGCCGUGCCUCGUGUGAGUUCGCGGACGAGUGGCGACCGCGGGCCGACGACUCCAAGCGAGCAGUCCGAGCGAGGAGAGAAGAGAGUCUCCUUUUCCCGAGGCGGAUCGGACAACGGUAGAAGAGGUGACUCGGGUGCGGAGACAGUUGCAAGAGGGCGCGCGCGGGUGAAGAGUAGCGAGGAAAGACCAGACGCGGAUCCGGGAGAGAGAGACGAACGCGUUCGCGAGCAGGAACGCGAGAAGGGGAGAGCAGCCAGGGACAAGUCUGCGCCGCGGAGACGCGGGCGCCACGAGAGAAGAAGCGAGAGGAAGGAAGGCGCGGGAGAAACGACAGAAGAAAGCAGUGAAGGAGACGCAUGCUUCGGAGGAAGGCGGGAGACCAAGAAGAGAAGGUUCUUGGACCGCAGCGGAGAACGCGACGCUCCGACUUCUGCAGGCGAAACAGAGGCCGAAGAAAAGCGCGUCGCCUGUCGAGGCCAGGCGCCCAGAAGGGCGGCACGUUCUGCCUCUGGUGGGAGAGAGAAGAAGAGAGAAGGCGAGAAGACUAGACGGACUCCAGACGAGCGUGAAGAGGCAAGAAGGGAUGAAGAGGUUUCCGAUGGAGGCAGGGCCAAGCUUGAGAACCGAUCGGUUUCAGAGUUCGGGAAGAAGCAGGAGCGACGAUCCAGAGACCGCGAGAAGACCAGGCAAGACAGAAAGGAUUCAAGACACGGAUCCAAAAGGAAACCAAGCGAGAAGAAAACGGAUUCUUCUGCCUCGUUUCUCGGCGCCCCGUCGGUUCUCCUAUACCCUCCCUCCACGCUCUUCGGUUCCACCAGGCACUCGUCUACCUUGUUGGCUUCCCAUGCAAGUCGCCCAUUCGGCGCCCCGAACUUCUCAUCUUCUCUCGUCCCUGGGAGAUCCGAGAGCCUCUCUGCAAGUGCGGGUCUCCUCUCUCGACUGCCUCUGGAAGCUGCACUCUCUUCUGUCAGCUGCGGCGGAGACACCCGAGGGGGAGGCGAGGUCGCGAACGGCGACAGCGAGAGAGAGAGAGACGCCUCGUGCGGAGUACAGACACUUGAGCGAGAAGCCGCAGAGCUCUCUGCGAACAAGCCCCGUUCGCCUCCGCUGUCGUUGGGUGCCUUGCUGCAGGUCUCGUCUCGUCUCGCCAUGCGCGAGGGGAAGAAAGAAGAGGGAAGCAGAGAGGAAGGAAGUGGAGAGAGAGAGCAGACGACAGAGGCUUCAACAGACAGCGUUGAAAACGCGGAGAGAAGUGAGGGCAGAGGAGCAGAGACAGAAGGCGAAGAAGCGGUUCCUGAGAGCAAAAGCGAGCUGGAAGAAGACGUCGAGGCCGGUGCCUCAGACUCUUUUUUCGGUGGCGAAGCAGAAGACAGAGACGGGGACGAGACUGGGGAGAAAAAGGAUCCCCAGGAUGCAUGUGCCACCGGAGAGCUUUGGGCGGAGAGAAAGAGAAAAAACAAAAGGACCGCGAGACGCUGUUCUGUCGGAAUUCAGUGCGAGUCGGUGGACUCAGCGAGGGGGAAGAAAGAGACAGAAACUCCCUUUCCGUCCCUGCUGCAGGAGGAAGAAAGCGAACGCGAGAAAGAACGUCAGCAGUUUCUUCGCUUCUGCCAGCAACUUCACCCCUCCGCGUCGCCCUCCCUGCUGUUCAACGAUGUUCCGUCUGCCUCCACUCAUUCUCGCCCAACUUGCUUCCCCGUUUCGGAUGCCAGGGAUCCAAAGGAAUUCUCUGUCGAGAAAAACGAAGAAGUUCUGUCGCCCUCUCUUCCUGGGUCUCCUCGUACUCUCAGAGACCGCCCCCUGCGUCAUUUCGCUCCGCUGGCCUUCAACUCCUCAGCAUCUCAUCCGAGGCUGCUCGUCUGCUCCGACCCUCUUGAAAUGGAAGCUUCUUCUCCCUGCUCUUCUUCAAAGCACCCGUGCUCGGCCUCCUCCCCUUUUUCUUCUUCUGGUUUUGCUGCGUCUUCUUCUUUUCAGCCACUUGAGUGUGUCUCCUCCUUCGGGACGGCUCCAGGCGCCCUGUUCGGCGAGGAAGAGGAGCGAGUACUGACUUCUUUCCUCGGAGCCAGUGAGACCGCGCCCUCGCCUUCUCAGCCUGCGUCUCUUUGCGCCUCGCGCUCGCGACAGAGUGUCCGAGAAAAGGAAGACGGAAAACAGGAGAGUUUUCUGGAGGCAGAACGAGAGAAGGCGGCGGCGUUGUGGAGACUGGAGGAGCUGAAACAGUUGGGGAGACAAGUGAGUUUGUGGGGAGAGAGACGCCUUUUGUCGGGGUCGUUCUUCGGAGGAGAGGAGGGGCGAACGGAGCUUCUUCAUCAUCUGGGGGUUCAACUCGAAGAAGAGGGUGUCUCCGAUCCCGAGGAAGACGACGAAGAAGACUUCCAAGAAUCUGUCCAGCAGCAGCUGCUCUUCUUUCAGCGCAUGCAGCGCGAACAGCCGAGUCUCUUCCCGCACACACUCGCCAAGCAGCGCGAAGAAGCAAGGAGGGCAGAGACGAAAGGAGGAGAAGGCCAGGGAGAAACGACGAGUGAAGCUCCUUCGGCUUCCCUCGCGUCCGGCGGAAAGAAAAGCGGGGAAAGCAGGGAUCUGUCAGGAAAAGCGAAGGAAGACGACGCGUGCAGUGUCCACUCGGACUCCACCGUCUGUCUCCCCCCCUAUUUUUACGUCGCGCUCUCCCCUGCGGGUGGGUCUCCUGGGAAGAGCUUGCAGACUGAAACUCUUUCUCGAAGUCGUGGAGACGUUGAUAGAGGGCCAGUCUCUUUAUCUUCGUUCGAUUCCAAAGUCGCUCUGCAGGGAGAGGAAGGAGAGCUGCACGCGCGAGGCAGUGGAGAAAAUAAAGACGAAAGGACAGGAGAAGACACACGAGACGGUGCGCAGGGCGAAGAUAAACGACGAGAGUUGUCGCCAGAGGACGCUUUCGUCCUGCAGCGAAGACACGAGAUGCAUUUGUGGCGUCGGUUGCUGGAGGGAGAAGAAGAGAGAGCAGAUGUUUCACAAGCGACGACAUGUGCAUUGCUUCGCCGAACGCGCAGAGCAAGAGUCAGUGCUCCUGCAGGGGUGGCUGUCGAGUGCUGGCAACACCGGGACUUGACGCUUCGAGCUGAGAGCGAAGAGAAAGAAGAACAAGGAGAAGAUAGCCAGGAGUCCGAAUUGAGGUCGGACGCAGAGCUCUGCAGCGUCAGAGAGGAGGCUGAAGAGGGGAAUGGAGAAGGAUCAUGCGAGGAGGAAGACAGGGGGGACGGUCAAGCAGAGACAGAGACCGGACAUGCGCGAGUGGUGAGGGAGGUCGAUGCGGUGGGAGAUUGGAAUGAGGAAGAGAGAGAGAAGGCUUUGGAAGAGGCGGCCGAGUUGCAGGCAGAGAGUCUGGACCUGCGGUUUCCUCUUCCUGUGGCCGAGAGUCCACCUUGCAUCGAUCACGAGUCAGCCGAGGAGACAGAACACAGAGACAGAGGCGAGGACGACUUGUUGAGUGGGGACGAUGAAGGUGGAGGAGCAGCGAGGCGCUGGCUUUCCCUCUCGAGCGGCCGUGACAACACCGAGCCUCAGAAACCCAGAGGAGAGUGCGACGGUUCUGACCAAGAGAGAGCGCCUGAACAGAAAGAAGAAGAGCUGCCCAAGACGUCGCAUGCAGAGGACGCGGAUCACGAGGUGUCUCCCGUUGACGGGGGUGGGGCCGACUCGGAAGAGGCAACUGCACAGGAACAGAGGGGAGAUGAUCCGCCUUCCUUCCCUCUCUUAGAAGCUCUGGCUACUGCUGCUUCACAUGAUAGUCUGCUUGGCGUCGGCGCGACUUUCGCUGGACAGGAGGCGUCUCUCCAUUUUCAGGGGCGGUCCGAUGUCCAGGUGCAUACACGUUUAGACAAAGUUCCAGACUUCUCGUCCGCUUCUUGCUGCUCUCCCGCGACUCCGAAAGGUCCGUUUCGCUCCUCGGUUCGUCAGGUGACCCCCUCUAGAGAGAGAGAAGACGAGUCUGCUGUCGUCUCUGGUGUAGCGACUCUCGAAAAAGACGGAGAGAGAGAAGCGUUUCGUCAACUCGAGGGGGAGACGCCACUGAAGACGCUAAAAGUUGAAUUGGAGGAAGAAAUCCGGGUCGAUUUCUGUCGGGAAAAGAGCGAAGACGCAGGGGUUGUUUUCUCGCCGGGUGUCUCGGAGUCAGUUGGUGGCUCUCCACUUGCUGAAGAGAAGAAAGACUCCGCUCGCGUUUUCGAGCAUUCCUUCGAAUUUGGUGGUGGGCCAGGAAGAGAAGAACAAGGGAACCACGACGAAGAGGUGGAAGGACCGCCUCCAGGGCCUGAAAAAAUCUCUGUCCGCUCCUCGGAGCUGACCUCAGAUCUCCCUUCUUCUCGCUCUUCCUCCUCGCUUUUGCCUUCUUCUCUUUCUGUCCGUGCGUCCAACUCUGCUUCUGGUCUCAGAGUGGAGGUGGAACGCGCGGCGAGGGAGACACUUCGCUUCGCAAGUGGUGGACAGGAAGAACGAGAAGAAGAAGAGAGAGAGCAGAGAGAAGAAGAGGUGGAGAGAGAACGGGGCGGCAAGGGGGAACGCGGAGCGGAUUCUUCGGCGGAGUUUUCCUGCCAGGUUCAUCGUGAAGAAGAGGGGGAAGGGAGGAAUUUCGGAGGCGACGAAGGCCUUCCGGACAGAAACGAGGGAACAGAUUCUCGAGAGAGACAACAGAGAGAAGAGACGCAAGGUUGCCUGCAAAGCGAGAGAUGCCCUGGACGUCCCAGCCAGGGGCGAAGACAUUCAGACACUGAAGCGCGUCGACCAGAGGAGACGCUGGCCUCGCCAGAGCUGGAUGCCCCAGCGACCGGAAACGACUCUCAGAGAGAAGAGAGACAAGACGAAGAAGAAAACGCGAAAAAAAAAGCCAGUCUGGGGCAGGACGUCUGUGCGCGGGGGAGGUCGCAGGAGGGAGAGCGAACAGAGGUCGGCAUGUGCGGCAUCCAAGCCGCGAGCCAGCCGGACGACAGCGAAGAUCGGGGCAUCGGAAACGCGCAAAACUUCGCCGUCUCCGCCUUCCAGAUCUUCUCCUCACCGCAACGGUCCUGCUGUUCUCGUUCUCCCCUCCAUGCUGCCACACCGCUCCCUUUCGACGUCGCAACUCCGACGCCACUGAGAGAGGUCAACGAGGAACGAGAAGAAGAAGAGAGAGAAGAGAGUGCAAGAGAGGAACAGGAGACGAGAGCUACAGGCGAAGGAAAGGACGGAGGGGAAGAAGAAGUCGGCGAUUCUCGGAGGAGCAUCGAGAGCGAGUCGGAGGAGACAGGAGGCUCGAAUUCGAGGGAAGAGAUCACAUCCUGUCCCGCAUACACGAUUCAGACAUCACCGGAUCUCCAGGUGUCUCCUGAAGAGACCGACGACCGUCACCUCUCUUCGUCUUGGGAGUCUCCUAGUCGCCCUGAGAAGGGCGUCUCUGGGGACGAUCUCGUCGGGAGUUCCUCUUCCCUUACAGAGGGAACAGAGGACUUUUUCAGCCUCGUUUCAUCCGGAUUUCUGCCUUGCUCUUUUCAACCGCCCACCCCAUCUCCGGCGUUUCUAGCGGCUCUCCAAGACUCCCCUCCGGCCGCCGCCGAUGGCUCUGGCGCAGUUUCGUCGUCCGCUUUGCCUCUGCCUGCUCCUUCGCCUCUCGUCUCUCCUUCCUGUCUCCACACACAGGCUCUCGAACGCCUCGGACGGGGGACCGACGAAGGACGAGAAGAGAGUGGCGAGGAGAACGGAGGUGGAAACACUGCGGAGAUCGAUGCAGAGAACGACUCAGAGAAUAAUGCACCGAACGGAGGAGAGGGAGAGAAGGAAAACAGGAUAGAGGGAGUGAGGUCGCCGCGUCGAAGCGCCGCUGAGCCUGGGCGGCUCAGAGGGCCGAACGAUGGCGCUGCAUUCGGUGCAGGAGUGAAUCCAGGAGAGUACAUGCAAGUGCAGGCCUCCUCUGGAGGUGAAGCCGAGCGCCGCGAAAGCAGGGGGAGGACAACUUCACAAGGGGCAACUCGAGAGAGACGCGAGACAGCCGAGGGGCGCUCUUCAGCGUUCAGAGAAAGAGGCAAGAACAGCUCAAGAGGAAGCGAUAGCGAAAGCAGCCGAGACCGCGAGAAACGAUGGAGAACUGAGAGAAGAGACAGCACUUGCUCGCGGGCGGCCUCUGCAGGUCUACACCGAAAAAAAGAGGAACAAGAGGAGGAGCAAGAAGAGCGAGAAGAAGAGAAAGACGAAGAAUGCGUUGAGACAGACCUCAUGAGUCCGAAAAUAGCAGCAGGGGCAUUAACCGUUUCGCACAUCUGUGCAUCUCUGGAGACAAGGAGCUCGAGACAAGAAGACAUGUCCGAGGGAAGUGCAUCGCGACAAAGAGACGAGAACGGAGUCUCUUGCGAUCAGGAUGUUCGCUGCUUGAGAGAGACUUUGGGGACAGACUCCACAAGCCCAGUUCCAGUGUCUCCGGCGUCUCCUUUCUCGAUUGCGACUCGCUCGGCCUCUGCUGCUGAUCCUUCCUCUGACACCUCGAGUUCAGUCCGUCUCUCUGGGCCUCUUUUACCGACGACUUCUGCAUCUGUGGGAGGCCUGUGUUCUUCCACUUCGUCUGAUUCGGUGCCUCGAACUGCUUCUGCGCCAGGGCUUUGUUCACCUCUUUCUUCCUCUGCUCCUUCCUGCUGCAGACCAUCUGCUGCCUCUUCGUCUGCGUUUUCUUCGCUUUCUUCUCCUCUUCAUUUGUCCGGGUCCGCGCGAGGGACCGCUUCGGCAGAGCAGGGGUGUGAGACGCCGCGACCGCCCUAUUUGUCUUCUCCCGCGAAGAAGCGAAAGGGUGCAGAGUUUCCGCCGUCUGACUCGGAUACGGCAAAGCCUUCCUUCGGCCUGAGGCCGUCCCCGGCUUCGCGAUCUCCUCUGUGUUCUGCGCGGGGAGAACUGGAGAGAGAGUCUGCAAACGCGAGGGGAGAGACCGCGUCGGACUGGGAGGCGCAGGCGUUCCAGAGUCCGCUGACUCCCGUCGUGUUCGCGGCUUCUUCAGAGGCAGCUCCUCGCUCGCCCGGAGAGAAGAGAGAGAAGGAGAGGCAGACGCGCGCGCUGUGCGAGGCUCCAGUGCUCGUUCUCAGCGACGAAGAGGAAGAGUCGCUGGGGACUCGCGGCGUCUCUCCGCUCGCUCCGCGCCCCUCCGAGGAUAUGACGGGAGCUUCGCGAGAAGAGAAGGCUGCACAGAGGCUGGCAGGCGUCCGCGGCGAGCACGCAGACGAGACGCGGGGAGUGGAAGACGUCCAGGGCGCGGUGCCGGAGAGAGAAAGCGACCGCGAAGAGAGAGUGGAGGAGCGAGAAGGCGAUUCGACGGAGGAACAAAGUCUGGAAAGAGACGCAGACGAGAGAAGGGAGCAGAAAACGGCGCGAGAGGAGAGGUGGAGAGGUCUCGAGAGAAACGAACCAGUCGAGGUAGAACCGGCCCUAGGAGUGGAGGAAGACAAAUGCGGUGUAGGAACGGCCUUGUGUGAGAACAAGUCCGCAAAGAGUCCGGCGAAGGCAGAGAGGUGGCAUCUGUCCAAAGAGGACCAGAAGACUCUGGCGGCGCUGCUGCAGCGACUCGGCAGACCGCGAGCGAGCGACGGAGAGGUGCUCCUUCACCGUGCUGGCAUCCCUCUCACUGUGAAAAGCCUAAGGGGCUUGUUACCUGGUGGUCUCCUCGACGACGAAGUUAUCAAUCUCUACAUGGUUCUUCUUCAAGAAAGAAGUGAUCGCAGCGUCCGCAGAUCGCAGAGCGGAGCCUCAUCUUCGCCACCUCUCCGAUGCCAGUUUUUCCCCUCUCACUUUUACGCAAGUCUGCGGAAAGGCGGCUUUGACAGUGUGCGGCGGUGGACCCUUCGCAAGAAAGUUGAUAUUUUCCGGCAAGACGUCUUGAUUUUUCCUCUCCACGUUGUCGCGGAAACGCACUGGGCUCUUGGCGUCGUCAACUUCAGAGAUGACACGCUGGAGUACUACGACUCUCUGGACUACCAAGAAGAAGGUCGCGAAUUUGGAGAAAGAAUUAGAGAGUACUUGCGCCGCGAACACCUCGACAAGAAACGACGUCCCUUCGCUGCAGAAACUCGUCUCAAGCCUCUCGUGAAGAGAGUUCCUUGCCAAGAGAAUUCGUCAGACUGCGGAGUCUUCUGUUGCCAAUUCGCGGAGCACCUUGGAGCAGCGCGUCUCGCCUUUGAUUUCACCCAGGCAGACAUCACGUCUCUGCGCUACAAAAUGAUGCUUCAGCUCUGCCAGACCUACGUCGCCUGAGAGCGGAAGAUGUCGACGACCAUUCUCUCUCUCGUGCACGCUCCUCUUCUUCAUAGUCGUUUUGUGUGACUUUCGAAAGACGGCAAGAGAAGAACGUUUAGUUGACUGGGUGCCGCAGUCGCCGAGGAGACAACAAGACGCAUGUUCUUCUCCUCCUGCAUUCUCUGUGUGUCUCGGAUCUCUCUCGCUGCGGUUGCUUCUCGGCUUUUCGGAUCGCUCUCGCAGCCCUGUGAAGGAAAGCGGAUUUCUGUGUCUGUUUUCCUUCUUUUUUCGUCGCAAGGGAAUUUUCAAAGAAGUUCACAGAGAAAUGGGGGGUGUCUCACCCGCCCUUGUGUGCGCAACUUGCGUUUCUUGGUGUCUUUCUAGAAAAGAAGACAGGCCGUGAGAGGCCGCCUACGUUUGGGGCAUCUGCAUCUGUUUAAAGGGAAAGCACUUGAGACACCUGCUUCUUAAAAUUGAUAAAGCGGUCGCC